AGCAUAACGCCGGAUCGUUUUGCUCUGCAUCUAUUUCCACCGUCUCCUCCGGUAUUCCGCCCUCGAGCAGCUUCUCCUGCAGCUUCCGCUUCCCGCUCAGGCCCGAGCUUUCUGGUACCGGAGGCAGCUCCGACGACUUCCGGUGGUCUUGUCUUCUUAUUCCGGUCAAGAAUCAUGUUUAUAACAAGAUUUUUCGGGAAAACACUUUUGGCUGCUGCUAGAUCUGAAUCUUCUGCUGGGACGGCUGCAGCUGCGUCCACAGUAACUGGGCACAACCCUCUUGAGGCGUUCUUUGAGGCAGAUAGAAGCGCGGAAGAUGAUAAACCUGUUGUCUAUGGUCGAAGUUGGAAGGCUUCUGAGCUGCGCCUUAAGUCGUGGGAUAAUCUGCAUAAGCUUUGGUAUGUUCUGCUGAAGGAGAAGAACAUGCUGAUGAGUCAGCGUCAGAUGCUACAUGCCCAGAACCUGAGGUUUCCGAAUCCAGAGCGCCUCCCCAAGGUGAGGAAGUCGAUGUGCCGAAUCAAGCAAGUACUCACCGAGAGAGCAAUAGAAGAACCAGAUUCGAGGAGGUCUUCAGAGAUGAAGAGGAUGAUAAAUGCGUUGUGAGGUCUCCAAGUUCCCUAUAGAGUGAUUGCAUGAUUUCGGUAAUUACGCGGACCAUCUUUGCAACAGUUUCCGAGUCUAAGAGAUUGUGAGGCUGUUUCUGACUUGUUUAGAUGGUCUGAUCUUAUAUCCGCACGGCGUUGCAGAAUAUAAUUAGUUAAGCUUUAGUUUCUGAGAUGGGUGUGAUGUUUCUCUCCAUCUCAUUCUGGAGUUAGAAAUUGAGGACAUCCUGAUGAUGUCGAAACUGAAAUGAGAUGUUGUUUGUUGAAUAUGUCGUGUUUCUCGAUUUUGGUUCGUAAGGAAUGAGUCCAGAAUAUAUAUUAUUUGCAUUCCUCAA